UUAUUGUCAAUGUGCUCUGUUUCCUUUCAAAACUGCCUCUGUGUUCGUGUCUGUAAACAGAUCUCAAAACCCCCAUCUACUUUUCUCUCUCAAGAUUCCCACUCUUUCUCCCUCUAAAACUUUCAAAAACACACAACAAAAACCCAUCAAAAGCUCUCAGGUUCUUCAUGUGAAAGUUUGGUUAAAAGAAGAGAGACAUCUGUGCCUUCUUUUCAAAACGGCUUCGUUCCUGUAUCCUCCCUUUUCGGUGUUUAAUACUCUUGUGGUGGAUUCCCACUUGCCAUCUAUCUCUAUCUUCACUCUUUUGUUCAUGUUUUUGUCUUUCGUCUCAAUAGAAAAGUUUGAAUGUUUUAGUACCAAACAAACCGAAAAUUUUACAUCUUUGCGAUUUACUCUUCACUUGUUUGUUUUGGUAAGUUCAGUCAAUCUUGGGGAUAUUAUUACCAAAGUUGGUUAUUCAAAUUUGGAAAGUUGAAAGAAUUUCACACAAGAAAAUGAGAUACAGCUCGAUUUGGUUCUUGUACAGCUACUACUUAUACAAGCUUCUUCUCUUGAAGAAAACAGAGCAUUUCUUCUUCUGAUCAAUGACUACUACUAGGGUGGCUUCUUCCCGGGUUCAGAAAGAUUCAAAUGGAGACAUCGGUGAGCAUCUUCGUAACCAUAUCCACUUAACCAACUCUAUCCACUUGAAGAACCAUAUGCACAACAAACAUGGUCCGGUUUCAACAGACCGGUCUCUUCUUAUGAGAGAUCUCGUCCUUCUUCAGAGAUCAAGAUCUCUCAGAGACCCAUCAGCGAACCGGAACUCUCCUUCUUCCAACGGUGUGGUUCAUAAGGAGGGAACAAGAAGAAGAAGAAGAAGAAGAUCUGUUGAUCACAACGUGGUUAAGAAAUCUGGUCUUAGGUUGUCUAGUUCGUCUCCAGUUCUGAAUUUUGGUACAUCUAAAGUGACCCCUUCUGAUGAAAGGUGCGAUGGGUUGAGUGAGAAUAGUUUUGGGAAUGAGGUUUAUAGUGUUGCUUCGGUUAAAUCGAAAGAUAGGGCUAAUAAUAUCAAGACUCUGUCUGAUCAGUUAAACGAGGUUUUAGGUGAUGAUAGUGAUGAUGUGGUUCCUAGUAACGUUCCAGCGCGAGGUAACGGGCCUAGAAGACGGAAGUUUAGAGGAGCGAGGAGAGCGGGAAGGGCCGUUACUGUUAGAGACAAUGUUGUUGGUAUCAAGAGUGAGAUGUCUCUUGCUGAGAAGUAUGAGGAAGAAGAAGGAACACAGAGAGAACAGGACAUGACUAGAGCUGUUCCAAGAAACGGUUGUGGACUUCCGUUUAACUGGUCAAGAAUCCAUCAUAGAGGCAGAACCUUCCUCGAUAUAGCUGGUCGGAGUUUAUCUUGUGGUAUGUCUGAUUCCAAAGGAAGAAAAGGGUUAACCGAUAUUUCAAUCUCGUCUGCUUCAAGCUCCUCUUUCACCAAACCUGACCGCAAGGCGUUACCUCUUUUAGUCGACAGCGGAGACAAUGAAGGCUGGCAGCAUGAUUACUCCGGCGAGUUGGGUGUUUUCGCUGACGAUUUGCUCAAGAAUGGUGAGAAAAGCAGCAGUAGAAAUCCUCGGCGGCAUCAUCAAAGCUUUACGCAGAAGUACGCUCCAAGAACGUUCCAAGAUGUCGUGGGACAGAGCCUGGUUGUUCAGGCUCUGUCCAACGCGGUUGCUAAACGAAGAGUGGGUCUUCUUUAUGUCUUCCACGGUUCGAAUGGAAGCGGGAAAACUUCGUGUGCUCGCGUUUUUGCUAGAGCUUUGAACUGUCAUUCUCCAGAACAUUCAAAGCCUUGCGGUGUUUGCAGCUCAUGUGUUUCUUAUGAUAAUGGUAAGAACAAGAACAUUCGAGAGAUGGGUCCUGUAAGAAGCUUCGACUUCGAGAAUCUGAUCUCUCAGAAGGACAGGAGGCAUCAUCACAAAGUGUUCAUAUUUGAAGAUUGCGAUGCUAUGUCAACAGCUUGUUGGAAUGCGCUUUCGAAAGUCGUGGACCGAGCACCUAGUCGUGUUGUUUUCAUUCUUGUCUGCUCGAGUCUUGAUGCCUUGCCUCACAUUGUUGUUUCGAGAUGCCAGAGAUUCUUCUUCCCUAAGCUCAAAGACGCGGAUAUCAUCGGUUCUUUGCAACGGAUUGCAUCAAAGGAAGAGAUUGAUAUCGAUAAAGACGCGUUGAAGCUUGUUGCUUCGAGAUCAGAUGGUUCCUUGAGAGACGCUGAGAUGACACUAGAACAGCUGAGUUUGCUCGGAACAAGAAUCUCUGUUCCUUUAGUUCAAGAACUGGUUGGGUUAAUCUCUGAUGAGAAGUUAGUUGAUCUUCUUGAUCUAGCUUUAUCCGCGGAUACUGUGAACACCGUGAAGAAUCUGAGAAUGAUAAUGGAAACUGGUGUAGAACCGUUAGCUUUAAUGUCGCAGCUCGCAACCGUCAUAACCGAUAUCCUCGCCGGAAGCUAUGACUUUGCUAAAGAUCAACAUAAAAGAAAGUUUUUCCGGCGACACCCAUUGUGCAAAGAAGAUAUGGAGAAGCUGAGACAAGCUUUGAAAACGCUGUCUGAAUCAGAGAAACAGUUGAGAGUAUCAAACGAUAAAAUAACUUGGCUCACUGCUGCGUUGCUUCAGCUAGCUCCUGAUCAACGAUACUUGCUUCCUCCUGGCUCUUCUGCUAAUGCUAGCUUUAACCCUAGUCCUAGUCCUUGUAAGGACGCUGCGGGGGAAGUUAGAGGUCGUAGUGGAGAAGGUUUCAGUAGUGUAAACCGACCUUCGGUUGAAGAUAUUUGGUUGGCGGUUGUAGAGAAUGUUCGAGUUAACGGUUUAAGAGAGUUUCUCUACAGAGAAGGGAAGAUCUUUUCUAUUAGUAUCGGUUCAGCUCCUACGGUGCAGUUAAUGUUCAAUUCGCCAGUAACGAGAAUAACGGCUGAGAAUUUUAGAGAUCAUAUUUUGGGAGCCUUUGAGGCGGUUCUUGGAGCUCCGGUCACGUUAGAGAUCAGAAUCGAGUCAAAGAAAGACCAGAAAAACUUGGGUGGAAGAAGUGAAAUCAUCGAACUUGAGGAUGAAUCUGAAUCUGCAGUGACUCGGGAGGCGAACAAAAACAAGAACCAGAGCAUAGUGAGAGGAAAAGUCUCGUUGGCUCAAGUGAUUAAGCAAGGUGAAGGAAGCAGUUGGUCGAAACGCAAAGCUCUGUUGAUUGCAGAGAAGCUUGAACAUGAGAACCUGAGGCUUGAAUCUAGGUCAAGAAUCUUGAUAUGUUGGAAAGCAUUGGGAAGCGUACGUCGCAAGCUAUGGCGAUUGAAGAUGAGAACCAGAAGGGUGCGUUUGCAUUCGUUGUGGAAGCUUGUCUCGAGUGGGAAAUGCUUACCAUUGAGAUCUUCUAUAUUAUAGAUAGGCUGUUUUCAGUUACUAAAAGUAUUGAGAAAAUAGUUCGUUUUUUGUUUUCUCUCUCUUCUUUUUAAUAUUUGCAGAUUUUUUAAAAGUAUUAUUUGUAGCAUUUUAUAUAUUUUUCUCAAAAAUUAGAUGGACA